AUGGAUGGAAUGGAUAUUGAUGAUUAUUCAAGGGAUCGGUCUCCUGUAAGAGACAGAGAAAGAUCACCAAUUAGGGACAGAUACAGUAGAGAUGAUGCUUCCUCGUCUAAUGAUCGAGAGUCAUAUGGUAGAAGAGAUUACGGAGGAUCGAGUUAUUCUAGAUCCUCGUAUGGUGAUAGAAGAGGAGGAGGAAGAGGGUCCUAUGGAGGAUCGAGAGGAUCUUCUUACGGAGGAUCUGGAGGAUCGUCAUCUUACAGUAGUGGCUACAGAGGAGGAAGUAGUAGCAGAGAUUAUUCUUCAAGAAGUUAUGGAACUAGAGAUGAUGAUUCAAGCUAUCGUUCUAAAACUGAAAGAAACUAUGAUAACUCAAUUUUUAUUGGUAAUAUUCCAUUUGAUUCCACAUCGAGAGAUAUUGAGGAUAUCUUCAAAGGUGAGUUUGAUAUAGUUCGUGCUGAUAUUGUUACCAACAGAGGUAGAUCAAGAGGUAUGGCUACAGUUGAAUUCAAAUCUAGGGAUGAUGUCACUAAGGCAAUUGACAAAUACGAUAGAUUUUCAUAUCAUGGGAGAGAAAUUUUUGUCAGACGAGACUAUCCACCACCUGAAAAGAGAGAUUUUGGAUCAGGAAGAUCUUUUGAUAGAGGUGGAAGUAGGUAUGGUGAUUCCUAUUAUGGUAGAGAUAGUUCAAGAGGUGGUUAUGGUUCUGCUGGUGGUAGAGGCGGUUAUGCUAGAAGUGAUUACAGACCUCCAUUACCACCAACCACUCCAGGAACUGAGGUGUUUGUAGGCAAUUUGCCAUUUUCGAUUACUUGGCAAGCACUCAAAGAUAUCAUGAGAAAAGCUGGUUCAGUAGCCAGAGCUGAUGUAAGAUUGGAUGAUAUGGGUAGGUCAAGAGGAUUUGGUACUGUUGUUUUCGAUACUCCUGAAGAAGCCAAUGCUGCAGUCGAAAUGUUUCAAGGGUAUGAAAUUGAAGGCAGAAGGUUAGAUACUAGACACGGACGUACUUCCAAUGUAGCUGCCACUGGAGAAUUUUCCGCAGCUGGUGCUUCAAGUUCUGCACCAAUUGGAGGCAAAAAGAAUACCGAAUUUACUGAAGGUGUCACUGGUGAUGGUGAAGAACCAAAUGAUACCAUCUUUGUUGAAAAUUUACCAUUUAGUACUCAAAAUGAUGAUUUAUUUGAUUUGUUUGAAACUAUUGGAAGAGUAACCAAAGCCGAGAUUCAAUAUCAAGAAGAUGGUAGAGCUAGUGGUAAUGCUGUUGUUCAAUUUGAAUUGGUUGAGUCUGCCACUGCGUCACUCAAUGAAUUGAAUGGUUAUGAAUAUGGUGGAAGAAGGUUAAAGAUUUCUUAUAAAAGAUUGUGA